AUGGCCAGUUCCAGCCAGGACCCAGAUCUAACAAUGUUGGAGGAUGCUCGGUACUGGCAUGCCUCAACUGCUUCUUAUAUGACGGAUCUACUUGCCGACCAAAGCGAUCUCGUCCUCGACCCUGCGCAUCACCUUGACCCGCUCGAUGAGGAAGCGUUCUCGAUGUUUACACACGGCUUUGACGAUCACAUUUUUGACACCUCGAUAGACAUGGCACCACAUGCUCAAGCGUUGCCGCCCCAUCUGUCCAGAAACUCCAGUACUGAUUCAAGUUAUUCGGAAAGCGAUCCGCCUGAGAGUCCCGCCACAGGUGGUCGUAAGUCAAAGGUUGAGCCAACGGAGCGGAGGGCGAAGCGGAGAGAGCAGAAUCGCGCAUCACAGCAAGCUUAUCGUGAUCGGCAACGAAAGCUGGUCACCGACCUGGAGACCAAGAUCGGUGAGCUCGCCCAGAAGUCGACGAGUCUGGGUGGCGAGAACGAGAUGUUGAAGCGACGAUUGGAACGCAUGAUGAUCGAGAAUCAGACGCUGAAGUUGACGUGUGGCAUCGCGAAUCGGCGUGCGUAUGUUCAGCGGCGAUGA